AUGUCCCAGCCUCAGCAGCAGCAACAGCCGCCGCCGCCGCCGCCACCGCCGUCUUCUCAGCAGCAGCCGCAGCCGCCGCCUCCGGCCGCCUCCAAGAAGAGGGACCGGCGCAUCUUUUCGGGUACCUGCCCGGACCCCAAAUGUCAGGCUCGGCUCUUUUUCCCGGCCCACGGGCCGCAGAGCGGCGGCAGCAUCGAGUGCACGGACUGCGGGCAGCGCCACGAGCAGCGGCAGCUGCUGGCCGUGGAGGAGGUGACGGACCCCGACCUGGUGCUGCACAACCUGCUGCGGAACGCGCUGCUGGGCGUCAGCGGGGCCGGCCCGCCCCGCAGGAACACGGAGCUCGUCAAAGUCAUGGGCCUCUCCAACUACCACUGCAAGCUCCUGGCCCCCAUCCUGGCCCGCUACGGUAUGGACAAGCAAACCGGCAAAGCCAAGCUCCUGACGGAGAUGAACCAGGGAGACAUCUUCGACUGCUCCCUCCUGGGUGACCGCGCCUUCCUCAUCGAGCCCGAGCACGUCGAAACCAUCGGUUAUGGCAAGGACCGCUCCGGCAGCCUCAUCUACCUGCACGACACCCUGGAAGACAUCAAGAAGGCCAACAACAGCCAGGAGUGCCUCAUUCCUGUCCAUGUGGAUGGAGAUGGCCACUGCCUGGUCCAUGCAGUCUCACGGGCACUGGUGGGCAGGGAGCUGUUCUGGCACGCUCUGCGAGAGAAUCUCAAGAAGCAUUUUGAGGAGAAUCUGAGUCACUACAAGGCCCUUUUCCAUGACUUUAUCGAUGCAGCCGAAUGGGAGGACAUUAUCAAUGAAUGUGACCCACUGUUUGUUCCUCCAGAAGGUGUGCCAAUGGGCCUUAGGAAUAUUCACAUCUUUGGCCUGGCCAACGUGCUUCACCGGCCUAUCAUCCUGUUGGACUCCUUGAGUGGAAUGCGAAGUUCUGGGGAUUAUUCAGCCACCUUCCUCCCUGGUCUGAUACCUCUAGAAAAGUGCAUGGGCAAGGAUGGCAUGUUGAACAAGCCCAUCUGCAUCGCGUGGAGUAGCUCAGGACGUAACCAUUAUAUUCCUCUAGUUGGAAUAAAAGGUGCUGCUUUACCUAAACUGCCUAGGAAGCUACUUCCUAAAGCCUGGGGAGUUCCUCAAGACCUCAUCAAAAAGUACAUCAAGUUAGAGGAGGACGGUGGUUGUGUUAUUGGAGGAGACAGAAGUUUGCAAGAUAAGUACUUGAUGAGGCUGGUUGCUGCAAUGGAGGAGGUUUUCAUGAGCAAGCAUGGAAUCCAUCCCAGUCUCGUAGCUGAUGUACAUCAGUAUUUCUACAGAAGGACUGGUGUGAUAGGAGUCCAGCCUGAAGAAGUCACUGCAGCUGCCAAAAAAGCAGUGAUGGACAACCGCCUUCACAGGUGCCUCAUCUGUGGGGCUCUUUCGGAGCACCACGUCCCUCCGGAGUGGCUGGCUCCUGGGGGAAAACUCUAUAACCUGGCCAAAAGCACCCACGGCCAGCUAAGGCCUGACAAAAACUACAGUUUUCCCUUGAACAGUUUGGUGUGCUCUUACAACCCCACAAAGGAUGUGCUGGUACCGGACUAUAGCCUGAGCAGUUUGACUGCCUGUAACUGGUGCCACGGUAACCUGGUGCGGCGUGUCAGGGAAGAUGGAUCCGUUUUGUAUUUGGAUGGAGACCGAACUAACACCAAGUCUGCAGGUGGCAAGUGUGGCUGUGGAUUCAAGCACUACUGGGAAGGUAAAGAGUAUGAUAAUCUCCCUGAAGCUUUCCCUAUUACUCUAGAGUGGGGUGGAAGAGUGGUUAGAGAGACGGUCUACUGGUUCCAGUAUGAAAGCGACGCGUCCCUGAACAGCAACGUCUAUGACGUGGCCAUGAAGCUGGUUACCAAGCACUUCCCUGGUGAGUUUGGCAGUGAGAUUCUUGUCCAGAAAGUUGUCAACACAAUAUUGCAUCAAACUGCCAAAAAGAACCCUGAUGAUUACACCCCUGUAAAUAUUGAUGGUGCUCACGCCCAAAGAGCUGCUGAUGUACAGCAAGGACAGGAGCCAGAGUCCCAGCUUCCAACCAAAAUUAUUCUGACUGGACAGAAGACAAAAACUUUGCACAAGGAGGAGUUGAAUAUGAGCAAAACUGAAAGAACUAUUCAGCAGAACAUUGCAGACCAGGCUUCUGUCAUGCAAAAACGGAAGACUGAAAAACUGAAACAGCAUAAAGGGCAGCCCAGGGCUGCUUCUCCCGGGGCUGUGCGUGAGGGGCCCUCGUCUGCACCUGCCACACCCACCAAGACUCCCUAUUCCCCAACCGCUGCGAAGGAGAAGAAAAUCCGGAUAACCACGAGCGACGGGAGGCAGUCCAUGCUUACUCUCAAGUGCACCACCACCUUCCUGGAGCUGCAGGAGAGCAUAGCCAGAGAGUUCAACAUUCCCCCCUAUCUGCAGUGUAUCCGCUACGGCUUUCCUCCCAAGGAGCUGCUGCCCCCCAAAGAGGGCAUGGAGAACGAGCCUGUGCCCUUGCAGCACGGUGACAGAGUGGCAAUUGAAAUCCUGAAAGGUAAGGAGGAGGGCAGGCAGCCUGCUGCAGCACACUCAGCCCAUGUUGUGAAGCACGAGGACGUCACCCUGACCAGUAAAAUCUCAUCCAAGGAGCUGCAGGAGCAAGUGGAUAAGGAGAUGUAUUCUCUCUGCCUUCUAGCAACACUCAUGGGAGAAGAUGUUUGGUCUUACGCAAAGGGGCUUCCUCAGCUCUUUCAGCAGGGUGGAGUAUUCUACAGCAUAAUGAAGAAAACCACAGGUCUGGCUGAUGGCAAGCACUGCACUUUCCCACAUCUGCCUGGUAAAAACUUUGUGUACAACGCAGCAGAAGACAGGUUAGAGCUGUGUGUGGAUGCUGCUGGGCACUUCCCCAUCGGCCCCGAUGUCGAAGAGUUGGUUAAAGAGGCCUUAAGUCAAGUGAGAGCAGAAGCUGCUUCGAGAAGCAGGGAAGCAAGUCCUUCACAUGGAAUGCUGAAGCUGGGUAGUGGGGGAGUUGUGAAAAAGAAAUCUGAGCAACUGCACAACAUAACUGCAUUUCAGGGGAAGGGCCAUUCCCUAGGGACUGCCUCCAGUAGCCAACAGCACGAUCUGAGAGCCAAGGAAACACCACUCCUACGAAAGCAUAGCACAGAAACGGACUUCAGUCCUGCUAAAGUGGAGCCUUCUGCAUUCACAGCUGCUGCUGCUGCUAACAGUGAGCUGAUCCGCAUGGCGCCGGGGGUCGUGACCAUGAGGGACAGCAGGCAGCUCGACCCCACUCUGGUUGAGGCACAGAGGAAAAAGCUGCAGGAGAUGGUCUCCUCUAUUCAGGCUUCGAUGGACAGACAUCUGCGGGAUCAGAAUGCAGAGCAGUCAGCGCCAGCUGAGCUCUCCCAAAGGAAAGCAGAAGCAGUGAGUUCAGCUGCUAAAACUGGGAGCUUCCAGGCUGCCUCUCUGCCAGGUGGCCCCCAGCACUUGAACAGCGACCCCGCCAAGGGCAGCGUGGUGAAUUCUGUGGGGAUAACAUUCCGUGCAAGGGCUAAAGCACAAAAGGGAAGUUCUGUCGAGGAGCUUGAGGAGAUGGAUAGUCAAGAUGCAGGAAUCACCAAUGCAACUGAGCCAAUGGAUCACUCUUGAUAGGUUAGAAUCUCAUAAGGGUAAAAGAAAUUCCGGUUCCAAUGUCAUGUUUCUUGGCUGGGCCACACAAAGUGAUUAGUUAUUCAAUCUUGUAUGUAUGUUAAAGAUUAUAUCAUCUUAUUCAGUGCAUGAUAAGCGUGUGAUUGGCAAUAGCUUUCAAUAUUCCCAUACUGCUGCCCAGGCUGGCUCUGUUACCUGUCAAUUAGUCAUUAGGAGAUGCACUGAGAUGAAUAUCUGCUGUACAUGUGGGUUCUUGAAAACUCUUUGUCAUUUUUAAUUCCUUAAAGGUCUUAAAAGUUUAAGCCCAUGGGAGGUGCUUACCAUGCUAGUUUAAGGUUACCGGAAAGGCUAUAACAGGCAAAACUAGAAACGUGACAAAGCUAAUCCUGUCCCAGGUGCAUAAUUCUACUCAAAAAUACACUGUAAACACAAAUUGUGCUUAAACUAAACUGCUAAAUAUGAUACUGCAGCAACUAUUUUAGUGAUGACAUGCUGGCACUGCCAGUUUAAAACCUCUUCCAUUCACACAGCUCUGUAUGCUCAGCAGAGACCUUGGAGUAAGCGUAACUUCAGUAAACUCUCUUAAUUUCUGCAUAUUGCCAGUUAGUGCAAGUUAGAAAGAAGGCUUCUUCGUGUAUGGUGAAGAUAAAGCUGGGGUGGUGUGGUUAUGGCUGAGCCAACACAACCAUUUUGGUGCUCUGUCAAUAAGUGAUAACACAUUUUAUUUCCUCCCAACCACCAAGCUGCUCAGAUGCUGUACAGCUUUUAGCACAACUCCAGGAGAGAAGUUGGCAGACACAGGAAACAACAAAUGCUCAGUGGCAAAUCCACUUCUUUUCAGACUUUGAUUGCUAGCAUUGGUCAGUAAGGGCAAAAUGAAAUAACAGCUGUCCUCUUCAGAGCAAAUUAACAAUUUAUUGGAAGGAAAUGACUCUCUAAUCUACAUUCUGCUAAAGUGUUCAGUGAUAAUUGAGCUUUUGGAAGCUGUUUGCUCCAUGGAAACAAGGAAUAGAUGCUGUCUGGAAAGCCUGCCCUCCUCUAUUAGCCUUGCUUCAGUCUGUGGUGCAGAUCUCCCUGCACCACUGAUAGUGUAGCUCAUCUCCACCUCAGCCCUGCGGUGCCAGGCAUUAAGAAGCAGCUGUGGUGCUUGCUCCCUGAGGUUAGAAUGUGUAUCUGACACUGCACUUUGCUUCCUGUCUUCUGAGUCACAUUUAAAUGCACUACUGUCGCUUCCUCUAAUGGUAAAAUAACAUCGAAUGGGUGAAAGAUGUUAAUCCAGCUCCAAAGAAAUGAACAGCAUUUCAGUACUGAAGUCUGUGUGUGUGCACACGUGGGUUUCUACCAGUUCACAGAUGUUAUUUGUGUUGUCUGUGUUUGUACUCAGAAAAGCCUCCUCACUUUUUGCAUUUCUGAUCACUUAAGCAGCUCUAAGCAUUAGUAGGAUGAAGUGUCCCACGAGGGAGGAUUUAUUUUUGUAUGGAAAAACUAACUGAAGCAAGUCACUUAAAGAUCAGCCCCUGUUUUGUCGAAGUAAGUUCAGAUGCCUCUGUUGGUUAAUAUGUAGAGGGAUUAAGUAAGUUUCUGAUUUAGUACACUACUUCUAGCUAAAAAGUAAGAAUCACCUUUACACAAACACAUGGGAAAUAUUAGGAUCUCAACCUCCAAAUUACCAAUUUGUAAGCUUGGAAUGUAUGAAGUAAUUUGGCUCACCAGAACUGACCUUGCUGAUGCACUGAUUAACUGGCAGGGCCGUUGUAAUGGGAAACAGGAUGCACAGGCAGCAGCUGGCAGUCUGCCAUGACUUCUGAAAACAUUCUGUCUCCCCUGAAUCAAUCUCCUGUCUGAAGACUGCUGGGUAUGGAGACUGUGGAGUAGGGGCUUAUGCUUGGUCACAGGAUGAGGCUGUGGCCUGCUCCUGGGAGAGAGUUUAAGUCAGGAGAGGCUGAGAGGGAGGAAUCUCUUGGUCUCUUGUGUUUUAGACAAAGUGACUACCACCUAGAUAUUUUUAAGCUUUUCAUUAGAAAAAGAAGUCUUCCUUGGCUGAAAAAGAAAAAAAAAAAAAAGUAGUGUAUAUGAGAGAGAUUUGAGCUUGAAAUAAGUUGAAAUACUCACUGCACAUACUUAUUUCAUGCCUUUCUGGUAAGACUACAGAAGUCUGUGCCUUCUACUGUGUCAAGAGAAAGGCUUGGUUUGAUUUUGACACGCUUCUCAUUUCAUCAGUAAUUUGACAUUUUCCUUCUUACCUAAAUAGAAAGAGACUGAGGUAAUUGCUCUGUUUGACUCAACCUUUCCUUCAUCUUGGUCCACUCGAGUCACAUAGAUCAGAACUCUCCAGUUCCUAAAACAAAAUGGUCUCAGAAAGGAACAGCAGAAUGGUGUUAAACUCACAAGAUCCUCUGGUGUAAAGCAGGGUUGUGCGGUUGUGCUGCUCGCUUUGCCGUGUUCCUGUUUCACCUGCCUUUCUCUUGCAUUUCAGUGUCAGUGCUUUUAAUACCCUCAUGUGAAACUAAACCUCUCCUCGUGCUGGGGAGAUGUGUGGCUGUACAGGAGAAGUUAAAUAAAGAACACUGAGGUGGAAGUUUGAACAGCUGUUUCAUUUGGUGGCUAGCAGGGUGUGCAAGUGCUAGUCGAGGCAAAUCCAUGUGCUGGUUGGGCUUCCCUGCUGGAGCCAGGAACAUGGUGGAGAGGCACAAGGGCAGGGGAGAGGUUGAGUCCUGGUGGAUGUGAAACUGUGUCAGACAUCCACAAUGGAGUGGAGUGCCCCUUUCUCAAAAAUACCUUCAGCUUCUUGCUACUGACUGGGCAGAGGCUUUGGCUGUAAAUUUUUGUCGAGUAUCUGCCUUGACUACUUUCUGGUCUGGGGGCCGACCACCUUCUCUGCAGGGUCUCAUGGCAAAGACGACUUGAAGUACUGGAAAAUCCUAAACUUUGCUCUGGCUUAGUAUGUAUAACCUAAAGGAAAGGUGAUUACUGAAAUUACAGUGCUAGGACACAAGCAAAAGGAGAAUAACUAGAUUGCUGAUAAGCAUAUGGGAAACCUGAGGAAAACAGAGCAGUUUUCCAGGCAUGUGUGUUUUUCCUGCUUCAGGUAGCUGGCUGUGUAGUAAGGUUGACUUUGAUACUGCUGUUUCUUUGUAAAUGGUUUGCAUAUCAGUGAAGGGAAAUUAAUGGCAGCUUUUCAGAUGGAAACAUAAAUAUAUUUGGACUGCCUUCACUGCUGUAGUCGCAGCUCAGUGGUGCAGCUUGCUGGGUUUCUGAGUCCCAUGUAGUACAGAACAUGAACUAGACAUGUACAGUGGCAGCCCUGUACAGCAGGUGUGAUGUCAAGACCCAAAUGCUUAGCUUACCAUCCUUCCAAAAGCCUCAUCUCUUGUUGCUGUCACAAGGUUAGCAGAGUUGCUGGCUGCAUUUCCAAGGUGUUGGGGAUGUCAGGUACUGAAGUUCCUGGUGCUUGAUCUGCAAUGUAUCAGGAAGCAUCUCAGAAGGUGCUGCUGUGAUAUCCAUGUUCCCAUGCUCACACAGCAGGCUGGGUGUGCUUUUGUAAGAGGAUAAUAAUCUGAAGCUGAUCUUUCUGUGAAGAAAACCACAGCAGUGAGUGGUUUCUUUGUUUUGCUUGCGGAUAUCAGUUUAGUAUCUGAAACUAGAAGUUGCUUAAGUCCUUUAGGAUGCAGGAUUCCCUCUGAGCCCUUCUGCCUGUGGUUGAGCAAUAAAAGGUUGGAACCAGAGUGGUAUUUUCAGAAUAAUUUUACGUUUCUUGAGGAUUAUUGCCAAGAAAGAGUGCACUUUUAGGAGGGAAUGCUGUUUAAAAUGUAUAAAUAAGAGUUCAAAUAGUGUAUAUAUUUAGAAAACAAAUCCUUUUUAAACAGUAAGUGCUUUACAUGUUGGAUUCAAAAGAAAUUAGCAUAGACACUAUUCCCAUCCUCACAGUACUGGCUGUUACCCAGCACAGUUUGGUUUGGUUUAUUUGUGAUUGCUGUA